AUGUCCUCCACGAAAGAACCUCGCCGGAUUGGCCAGCUAGUGUACCUGAGACCGGAGUACCUGGAGGAAUACAAGAAAUGCCACGCUGCUGUCUGGCCCGAAGUGUUGGAGCAGAUCAAGGAUUCCAACAUCGUCGACUAUUCCAUCUUCUUUGUCGACGAACCCCGGCCGAUGCUCGUUGCGUCGAUGAAGUGGGUGGGCGACGAUUGGGACGCUGACAUGGCCCGCAUGUCGGCAAACAAGAAGGUGCAGGAGUGGUGGAGCAUGACGGACAAGAUGCAGGAGAGCCCUCAUCCGGGCGCAAAGGGCAGUGCCGCUGGUCCGUGGUGGAAGGUCAUGGAGGAGGUCUUUUACGUGAAGUAG